CACUCCUCUUACACAUGCUCUCCUCGGCUCCAGCCACGCUUGGUUGCGCGCGCAGGGAUUCCUGGUGCUGCAUUGAGAUGUCCGCCACACCGCAGGGGGUCGGGGCGGGAUGAAUGCAUCGUGACGUCGCCAGCGCGGAACGAGUGGCAGCUGUGGCAGCAUGGGUUGCACAGCCAUUUCGUCAUGCUGGCCAGCUUUUGGGACGGAGAGGCUGGGGGAUGGGUAAUAAGAGGACGAGGCGGCCCUUCCAUCUUCUUCUGAUUCGAUUACUUCUCUUUGCGCAAAAGUCACUUCAAAGAGCUAUCUACUUUCCGAUCUUCAACGUCUUUGCGCUCGGCAUUUCGACAUUGCCUCUUUUACAUACCUCUUCUUUUUGACGCGACGCUUGCGAGUCCUAUUGACAAUGGGCGAAGGAAAGGAUAAGCCGCUCAAUGAGCUCCUGACCCCCUCCCUCGUAACCAUCAAAGUGGGCCCCAGCGGGACCCCCUACGCCCUGCACGAAGCCCUCCUGACCGCACGCUCGCAAUUCUUCGCCAAAACCUUCUCCUCCUCCUCCAACGACAAAUCCUACGCCUUGCCCGACGAAGACCCGGAGCCCUUCCAGUCCUUCGUGCACUGGCUCUACUCGGCCCACACCCCGACGCCCACCAAGGAAGCCGACCUGGACGUCCUCUACGACCUGUACCUGCUCGGCUCCAAGCUGCGCGCCCGCGCCCUGCAGACCCAGGUUAUGGCGCAGAUCAAGCACUGGUACAAGGAGAGCGACACGUACCCCGGCUUGAGGCGGGUGCAGUACGUGUACGCGAACACCGAGGAGGGGAGCAAGAUGCGGGAGGUGUUGGUGAGCAGCGUGGCGAGGGGGCUAGUGCUUAGGAGCGACGGGAUCCCGCAGCACUGGGAUAAGGCGCUGCGGAAGAACGGGAUGUUGGCGGUGGAUUUGGUGAGGGCGGUGCAGAGCUGGGGUCUGAGUCCGGAGAGGGUGCCGGAUGCUAGGGCGGAGGAGCAGGGUGAUGUCAAGGAUGAUGGCGAGGAGGAGGAGGAUGAGGAUGAGGAUGAGGAGAACACCGAGGUGGACGAGGAGGUUGAUGGGGAACAGCCUGAGGGAGACGACGUCAAGAAGGAGCAAGAUGUUGGAUCCGAGGGCGUGAAGGAGAAAUUGAUGGGGGAGCUGCCGAAUGGGUUGGUCAAUGGGGUGCACUGAAGUGUGCAGGUGGGAGAGGAGGUGGAGGAGGAGGAGAGCGACAAGAAAGUCGAGACAGCGAAUGUGCCAGAGGAAAUUUCCCCAACCGUUCAAUUUGAAGACGUACCGGAUAUACAGCUCCACAGUCCGCCAAACAUCACCACGAACGAACAGCCUUCAUUACGUCCUCUUCCACCAAGGGCAAGCAAACGGCCUAGGCAUAGGUCCAGGGGAAGAAAGCCAUCGAUCCAGUGGAACCUACAUUUCUUCCCUUGACCAUUUCUGCACUUUCUUCAGGCCGGCGUUCUGGUUCUAAAACACGGGGUGCGUACCGUAAUGCUUGGAUUUUCUCACCGGUUUUGGCUAUUCUUGUUCACCUUGGCUCAAAAUGACACUGUAUUUGUACGGUAUUUCUAUGUAGUUACCUAUUUAGGAGGC